GGCGGCAUCGAGUGGGGAGGUUGUUCUGGGGACAGGGGGGGGGGGGGUUAGUACAGUAUAUAUGGAGUGGUUGAAGCCGCAAGGGAAAGCCUCGCUCUCGCAGUUGAGCCCCCACGCGCAAGGCAGCGACAGAGCAGCAGAACUCAAUCAGCCCGUCCGUCCGUCCCAUCGUCCGCAGGCGGCGUCCGUGGUCCCUCUCCCAGGUCUGCCGUCGUAGCCGCCUCUCCCAUCCCCGCUGCGCGCCCCAUGCCCCUCCCCCACAGCCAGCAAGACUCCCGCCGCCGCUCACCCUCCCGCCGCAGCAUGACCUCCACAAGCUCAUCACCAUCCUCUUCAUCAAUGCCACAACCCCGCCUGCUCCUCCUCCUCCUCCUCGCCAUAACAACUUACCUCCUCCUCACAACAGUCGGCCCCCCCGCGCUAACGCUAUUCAUCACCCUCCCGCCCUACUUCCGCUUCCUCCUGCUGAUCGACCUCGGGCUAUGGUGCUGGGCGACAAAUGUCCACGGACUCAUCCUCAGCGGAAUACACGUUGGGAAACUGCUCGACGACGGGAGUCAUCACGAUCACGAGCAUCGGGAUGUGAAUCCAAGGGCGAUGUAUGGCCUCGCCGGCGUGUUUACGGGUGUGACGUUGGCGAGUUUGUGGUGUUUUAGGGUGCUGGAAAGUGGGAGGGGUGAGGAGGCGGCUGAGAUCGUGCCCGCGUGCACGUAUGUGAUGCUGGUGGGGAUGGUGGUUAUGCCGGGGGGCUGGGGGUGGGGGGAGGAGAGGGAAAGGUUUUUGCGAUCAUUGAAACGCACAGUCUUGGGAACGCUUUCAACCCCCGUCCCCUUCUGCGACGUCAUCCUCGCGGAUAUCCUGACCUCGUUCUCGCGCUCGAUGGGGGAUCUGAAGAUCGUGUUUACGGAUCUCGUCACUGAUGAAUCUGCUGCUGUUGCCGUCGUACAUCGUACCACGGUCGGGGUGGGAGAUUUCGUGCAGCCGUUUCUGAUCUGCAUCCCACACCUCCUCCGCCUCCGCCAAUGUCUCGCCGAAUACACCCAGACGCCGCUUCACCACUCGUCCCACUUGUCCCACACAUCCACUCAAACCUCCUCUCCAUCAAGCAUCCGUGCCCGCCACCUCGCCAACGCAGCCAAAUACGUCUCCGCGAUACCGGUCAUUGUCGCGGGGUUUACGAUCAAUUGGAUUGAGGGUCAGGUUCAUGGCGGUGGUGGGGAUAGUGCGGAUGGAGGGGCGGCGGAGGGGAGGGGGAGGAAGGAGAAGUUGGAUUGGGCUGUGGGUGUUUGGAUCCUCUUCGCAACCCUCAACUCCCUCUUCACACUCUACUGGGACAUCAUCAUGGACUGGCACCUUGGGAACCUUGGGAACCUCUCCACCCCUGUUUCCUCUUCCCCCUCCUCCCGCCGCAAAUCCACCCACCGCCUCCUCCGGCCAACGCUCCACUUCCCCUCCCCGUACCUCUACUACGCCGCGAUCGCCAUCGACGCCGUCCUGCGGUUCUCGUGGAUCGUGCGGAUCGCGCUCCUCCGCAAAGUCGUCGACGCGAGCGUCCUCGACCCGAGCGCGGGGGGUGGUGGUGAUGUAAGCAGCGGGGGGGAUACGGACCGAACGGCCAAAGAAACACUGGUAGCGAUCGACAUAUGUCUGAAAGUGUUGGAGAUCUUGCGGCGGUGGGUGUGGGUGUUUUUCAGGGUGGAGAGGGAGUGGGUUGUUCGCGGCGGGGAUCGCAAGGCUGGGAAGGCGGUGGCCGGUGGGGUCAGUGGGGUAAGUCUGUGUUGUGGUUUACUGGUGAUGGAUGAUGGUGAUUGACCGGGGCUGUUUUAUUAGGACGCUUUGUCGCCGCUUAUGGGCACGCCGACCCCCACCUCCGCCAUCGGUACGCAGGGACAGUGGGGGGAGUUUGAGUUGCAUGAACGGGGUGGCGACGGCGAUGCGGGGGAUUAGAUUUA